UUUAAACUGUGUGGUGAGAUCAGACGAUUGGCUGAGAUUGAUAUUGAGUUUAAGUUAUCGUAUCAACAACUUGAGUUGAAUAUGCAACAGUUCGCAACGGAUUUCAUCUCGCAGGCUAGGAGUUCGGAGGAGGUAUUGACAGUUCUUACCCAUCCUGGUGAUAAUGACGAUAUUACUAACUACGACAAGACUGCGCACUCGCCGCUACCAAAGGUUUCACAAGCACUUGAUCUUGGACUUCAGAAAUUCAUUGCACAUCCGAAUUGUCAGCAAGUCAUCAUCGCACAGUUCUACAAACGGCUUAUCUUCUUGAGAGACAAGCGCGCCCUCUACCGUGCAACGGUGUUUGCUCUUCUUUUUCUCCUGUUCCCAGUUCUAGCUGUUUUUCAUCUUUACUCUAACAGCGAGAAGAUAAAAGCCUUCGUUCAAACACCCGUGGUGGUGUUCAUCAUGCAUUUAGCAUCCGACCUGACCCUGGUGACCCUGUUGACCUGGGAAUCAGUCAGCAGUAGCGGAUCACCCCACACUCUAACCCAACCACUUAAUAUUGUACUUUCUGUUUGGAUAGCAGGUAUGACUUGGAGGGAAGUAGAAAGUAUUGCAGCCAGAGGGUUCACGAAUAUCAUGAGAAACAGUGAGCACCUCCGAGAUAUCUUCAUCAUCUCAUUGUUCCUUUGUUGGAUUUCGUUUGAAAUCGUUGCUCUGUGUAAGGUUCCGCCGACAAAGGCAACAUUGAGUUAUCAUCAAUCAACAAGAUCAGUAAAAGCUCUCACUUCAACACUGACAACAAAUUCUAGUGAGGGAAGGAUUUCGGAAAUAGGAGAUUAUGUUCUCGGUGAAUUAUCGAAGACGAAUUCCAAUAUCAACCACUCCAUGAGGUUAGAGAUUAAAGAGGAAGUCGGAAGACUGAUGAACUUCAACACGGCGCGAUGCCAAGUCGGCACCCGACGCAAGCGAGCAACACCACGCGAGCGACAUGUUGACGAAUCAGAGGACUUCCUUCAGCUCACGUGGUACAAUCCAAAACUCAUCGGCUCCGCCAUGUUUGCCUUGGCAACCACAUUGUCCGUAGUGCGCAUGAUGUCCUAUGUGGUGAUCAGCAAUGUGUUUGGUCCACUUCAAAUCUCUCUCGUCCGAAUGAUAAUAGGGACGUACCAUUUCUUCCUCGUUGUGGGCGCAGUGGCUUUGUCGUUUGCAUUUGGAAUGACACUGAUUUACUCCACUCAAGAUAACGAUGUAGAGAAGAUGGACGAAAACCCAAAUAACAACUUUUUAAG